AACGUGCUGGAAAACAGUGAACCACAAUUCAAAAAUUCCAGAGAAAAUAAUUUCUAUAUAAACUUAAAAUGUGUUGGUAGAGAAUGAGCCACUCGCCGAGUUGAAGAGAAGCAACAAUCCAAAGGCCCAGUUGCUCGGAGGCAGAGCACCAGCAAUUUCUAUCGAGGACUACAGCCCCGAAUGAACAACAUCAUUUUCAGUUAUCGGCAAGCUUUUUGCUUUUGACUCAGGCUCUGUCAAUCAUUUCAGAUAGAUCGUGCAAAUGUUAAGUACUGGACUGUGAGCUUUGAUUUACAUUAAUCAUUGGAUUCAUAGCAUGAAUUCAAUAGAAAACGGUGAACAAAAUAAGGAGAGAGAAGGGAGAAUGUCUCUAUCUCUUUCUAACUCUAUCCCCUUGUUAACGCCCUAUCAAUUGGGUCCUUUCACUUUGUCUCACAGAGUGGUUUUAGCACCUUUAACAAGACAAAGAUCUUAUGAUUGCAUGCCCCAGGCGCAUGCAAUUCUUUACUACUCCCAAAGAGCAAGCCCUGGAGGUCUCCUUAUUGCAGAAGCCACUGGUGUCUCUCCUACUGCACAAGGGUAUCCGAAUACACCUGGAAUAUGGAGCGAGGAGCAGGUGGAGGCAUGGAAGCCUAUUGUGAAAUCUGUGCACGAUAAAGGAGCUGUUUUCUUCUGUCAAAUUUGGCACACUGGAAGGGCUUCACACGUGGAGUAUCAGCCCAAUGGGCAAACUCCCGUCUCCUCAACAAACAAAAGUAUAUCAGGACAAACUCUCCGAGCCAAUGGAAAGGAUCUUGUACAAUUUUCUCCUCCUCGAGCUCUCACAACAGACGAAAUACCACAAAUUGUUGACGACUUCUGCAUUGCUGCCAGAAAUGCCAGGGCUGCAGGUUUUGACGGUGUUGAAAUUCAUGGGGCUCAUGGAUAUCUCAUUGACCAAUUUCUGAAAGACAGCAUAAAUGACCGCUCUGAUUGUUAUGGUGGUACACUAGAAAACUGUUGCAGAUUUGCUCUCGAGGUUGUUGAGGCAGUGGCAAAUGAAAUUGGAGCUGAUAGAGUUGGGAUCCGAUUAUCUCCAUUUGCAUCUUAUUUAGAAUCUAGCGACUCAAAUCCUGAGGCACUGGGACUUUACAUGGCAGAGGCACUAAAUAAAUACAACAUCUUGUAUGCCCAUUAUGUAGAACCCAGAAUGGUAACUGUAGGAGAGUCUUUCCCCACAGAAAAAAGCCUUCUCCCAAUGAGGAAGGCAUUCAAGGGAUCAUUUCUGGUUGCAGGAGGUUAUAAUAGAGAAGAUGGCAAUGCAGCAAUUGAUAGUGGUAAAGCUGAUCUUGUAGUUUAUGGUAGACUUUUCCUGGCGAAUCCAGAUUUGCCUAGAAGGUUUGAGUUGAAUGCUACUGUCAACAAAUAUAACAGGGAAACUUUCUACAUUCCUGAUCCUGUUAUUGGCUACACAGACUACCCAUUUUUGUAGCUUCAUACAAAACUCUAAAACCCACCAUAUGUUCACUGAUAUAAUUUCAGAUAAAACAUAUCCAUGGGAAAUAAUUAUUUUUUCUUAGCGUUUAUCUAA